AUGGCAACGCUCUUAGCGCUUCCCGCCGGCCUCGUCCCCCGCGCUCAUACCUCCCUCUCAGCACUUGCCUUUGUCACAGCGCUGUUUCUCGGUUGGGCCGCGGGCCUUUGGGAGCAGCUCUGCGAGAACGCCGUCUCGGCAUGGCCAGUAGAGUGGUUCCCUAGCGUGUCAGCAACCAUCGGCGACCACGCAGCGCCCCGCGCACCUUUCCACAUCCUCAUUGCCCUCACUGCCGGACCUCGCUUCGCGCUGCUGGGCUUGCAAUGGAUCGCACACCGCUAUCCUCCGGUCGGCUCGCGGGGACACACAGGCAACAGUGCCGCGUCCUCGUCUGCGGUGCAGACCGGUGCCGACUCGACUCGUCGUAGGACGCGCAGUGCCAGUGCCAAGCUAGACAAUGGUAACGGCAACGAGUCGACAGCCGACGAAGCCGACCUCGCCCCAGCUCCUCGCGGACUGGUGGACGUCGAGGUGUGCUGUGGCCUGGCAAGAACGUUCUGCUGCGGUGGAUGGAUGUUCAUUACAUCUCGUGACCAGCAUGACCUGCACGACCUCUUCAUGAUCGUCUACCUGGUCCUCAACGUGCCAUGGAUGGUACUCUCGACUUUGCACUCUACCAACGACCGUGCCCGUCGCUGGCGUAUCGCCACGGGCCUCGGCUUCCUUGCCUCAAUCCCACCACUCAUCUACCUCUUCAUCGAGCACUCUGUCAAGCACGUGCCCGGCGCGUACACCCGCUAUGCGUUCUUCGAGUGGUCGCUCGUGUUCUGGGACGUCGCGUUUGAUGCCGGCUGCAUGUUCGAGCUCGACCACCUCCAGCUCCUUAUUGUGGACACGACCAGAGCCGAGAACGGCAAGACUGGGUCACCCAGCACGGGUAGUCUCUUCCUCGCUCCUACAGCCAAACGUCCCCGAGCCCCCGCCGACUGGACUGCCCUCCCUUCGCCCGAGUCCCAGAUCCCCCACCGCGCGCUGCUGGCGUGGUUCUCCGACGUCUGGUUUGCCACGGCAUUCUGGACCAUGUUCACCUCGGUCUCGGUGCAGCUGUUCUACUGGUCUGUCUGGUCGCUGGCACUCACGGGCUCCGAGCUCGCCAUCUUUGUCAACAUCCAGCCAUUCAUGUUCAGCCGCCGUGGAUCCCGCGAGUUCAACACGUCGCGUGACGGCAUUUUCACAAACCGCGCCAUUCUCUACAUCGUUGGCUUGGGCUGCUACAAGCUUCCCAACAAUGCUGCUCGCUUCCUGUGCGCUGUCAUUGCCGUCUGGUGCGGCUGGGCCGCUUUCCUCGGCGACUCGUUCCGUCUCCGUGGCUCUCUCGAAGCAUAUGCCAAUGCCAAGAUCUUCCUUACUGGCCUCCUCCUGAGCAUGGUGCUCAAGUAUGCCAACCACUCGAACAACCCCUUCUGGCCUAUUCUUGACGAGUCGUCUGGUGGCUGGAACAAGACGGGCCUGUUGAUCUCGGCACUCGCACUGGCCGAAACGUACUACCGACCCAACAAGUUCUUCGCCGCGCCACCCACCGAUGUCAAGGACAAGCCCACUGCCGUGACCACAACCAGGACGCAGCGUCUGUGCUUUGCCUUCGGUAUCGGCUCGCUCUUCAACCUCCUCCAGACCUUUGUCAUGGACGGCGGUACCAUCAUCUCGUGGACCUGGACCGGCUUCCCUGUCACUGGCCCGACGUUGCACCCCUGGGGCGGUGUGGUGAUUGCUGUCGCGUCGCUGGGACUGGCUAUCGAUCUCCCCGUACUGGAGCCCAAGUUCUGGUUCGCGUCGGCCCCCGCUGCUGUUGGGCUGGUCUACUACCCGGACUGGAUUGGCUUUAUCGGCGGCCUCUUCCUCGUCUUCCAUAUUGUGACCAUCACCCCGACCCUCCUCCGUGCUGCCACCGCCAUGCCUCCCAACACCUGGGGCCAGGCAAUGUGCUGGAACGCCUUCCUGGACGUCGCCGCCGUCUUCACUGUCGCGUACGCGUUUGUCCCUUACGGUUGGAUCCUGCGCGAGCGCACCGACAUUAUCAUGCUCAUCUUGCUGCUUCCCAUCCCGGCAGCGCUCUGGGCUGCGUCCAAGCUGUCACUCCCUGGCAAGGCUGACCUCCAAGCGCGCUCGGUAUCGCGCGUCGCCUUGUCCAGCAAGUGGACCAAGAUCUCCGCCAUCUUGCUUGCCGGUGCUGCCCUUGGUCUGGGUUACGAACGCAACCUUGCCUCGGCAUCCCAGACCAACAAGCCAGUGCCCUACUACCCAGACCACAACAUCCUGACUGGCGGUAUUUUUACAGUCCACUUUGGCAUCGACGAGCCAGGACGCGACUCGCAGCGCCGCAUUGCUCAGCUCAUCGACGAGAUGCAGGUGGACGUGCUCGGCAUGCUCGAGACGGACCUCCACCGCUUCGUUUACGGUAACCGCGACUUGACACGCUACAUUGCCGAGGAGCUUGGCUACUAUGUCGACCUUGGACCCGGUCCCAACCAGCACACAUGGGGUGCCUGUCUUCUGUCCAAGUUCCCCAUCCUCAACUCGACGCACCACCUCCUUCCCUCGCCCAGCGGCGAGCUCGCGCCCGCCAUCCACGCCACUCUGGACGUGCACGGCCAAAAGGUCAACGUCAUUGUCUCGCACAACGGGCAGGAGGAGGAUCCUGUUGACCGAGAGCUGCAGACGACUGAGCUUGCACGUCUCCUGCACGAGACUGGAGACACGCCGACCAUGUUCCUCGGCUACCUUAUCACCCACCUAGGUGACGAGGCCCCCUCACCGUACGGCAUCCUGUUCAACGACCACACUGGUCUGAUCGACAUUGAGACGCUCGAUAGCUGGCGUUGGUGCGAGUACCUCGGUUUCCGCAACCUGUGGCGUAUCGCCUACGCCCGUCUCGAACACAGCGAUGUCACCGACACUGAGCUCCAGGUCGGCAAGUUUAUCCUGCCCCUCCCCGGAACCAAGGCCGAGUACAACUCCAAGGACGAGCUGUACUGGCACAUUGGCGAGGACGACGUUCCGGAACCAUGGCGUCUCCCUUCAAUGUUCCGCGGCGAUGGCGUGCGAGGACACAGCUACCGUAUCUGGAACGGACCGCUGUACUACAACCCGCCGUAUCACUCAGGUGUGCGCGAGUACGGUUGGGGCAACAACACUCAGUGGCCACCAUCAUAUACUGGCAACUACCGCAAUUCAUAG